AUGGAAGUGAUCAACAAUGAGGAGUUCGAAUCAUUGGAUGAAGGAUCAGACCAAGACAGAGAAAGAAGAGCUCUCAUAAGAAAUUUGGGAAAAGAAAAAAGGUGCAACCUUGGGCAAAAGGGAUUACAAAUUGCAGUUGAUCAAUUGUUUCCCAAUGCUGAGCAUAGUGAGUAUGAUAAGGAGGCAUGUCAAUGGUUGAAGCAAAUUCCUCCUGUACAUUGGGCAAGGAGUCAUUUCUCAGGAAGAGCUGUUUCUGAUGUGUUGAUUUCAAACAUGUGUGAAGUGUUUAAUGGGAAGAUAGAGAAAGGCAGGGACAAACCUUUAUGGUUUGAUGAUGUGGUUAUGUAUGGUGCACAGACACUUGUAUGCUUAACUUGGUAA